CUUUUCCUUUACCUCUACAAACCUAGAUCUGGGUUCUCUCUCAAACUUCAUCUUCUUCCUCCGUUCCUCUUCCCUGUUCAUCCUUUUUCUUUCUUCUUCUUAUUCUUUCUCUCUCUCUCUUCUCCCUUCUUCUUUUUCUCUCAAACCCAGAUCUGGGUUUUUCUCAAACCUAGAUCUGGGUUUCAUCACAUAAAUUAAUGAGAGAAACGCUUGUGGCUGACUUCCUCAAAACCUCCUCCAGAGAAUCCAUCAUAUCCAAGGCAUUUUUGUACGAACUUUGCACCUCAUUUUCCUCGCAAUCUCCUCCAUCCGAUGAUCUUCUAGACACAUGACCAUCAUCAUCCUCAUUACUACUCCUCCUGAUCAAGGACGAGGAGGUCGUCCCAGUGUGCUUUUGCACUUAUCUUCCUCUUCCUCCACUUUCCUCUCCGUCACCACCGACGACGACUCAAACAUGAAGUCGCGUGCCAUCACCCACCUGAACCCAGUACUUGCAUCUAUCCUCUCCAAUGCAAUUAACAUAAUUACACUCUCGAAAACUCCAAGAUCAAAAUACACCCAAGAAAAAACCAACAACCUCCCCCUUGUUUGUAUUGAAAUCACAAUCUCGAUGAAGAGCGUAAAUAAGUGGGAAGGAAGAAGAAUUGAAGAUUUUAUGGGUUGGGAGAUUUGUCAGGUCAUCUGUUGCUAUGCAAAAAAGAAAAUGUAGGUGAAUAGACAUUUAUCCAUUUUGUAAAUUGAAUAAAGGAACUGGGCUUUA